AUGGCUGAGCAGGAAUGCCCCGUUACAAACUUACUUCUCCUAGGUCGUAGCGAAAAUGGAAAAAGCAGCACCGGGAACACCAUCAUCGGUGAAAAAUAUUUCGAAGUAAAUUUGUUUGGAAGAGAUAUGGACCAGAGAUGUAAGAUGUUCAGAGCUUUAAUAGAAGAUGGCCCAAUAAUCAAUGUGAUUGACACUCCUGGUUUGCUCGAGUCAUCCGUGUCAGGAGACUAUCUCAGUAAGGAAAUAAUGAAUUGCUUAACUAUGGCGGAAGAAGGAAUACAUGCUGUAUUGUUUGUUCUGUCUAUAACGAAUCGAAUUUCACAGCGGGAGGAGUUCACAUUUAAUACAUUGCAGCAGAUAUUUGAUGAUAAAAUCCUUGACUAUUUCAUUGUGGUGUUCACUGGUGGUGAUGAGUUGGAAGCAGACAACCAGACCUUGGACGAUUAUUUACGUGAAGGUUGCCCUGAAUUUUUGACGAGAGUUCUCAAACUAUGUGGAGGACGAAAGGUCCUGUUUAACAACAAGACAAAGGAUAAAGGCAAGAGGAAUAAGCAACUUAACCAGCUUCUAGCACAUGUCACGGAUAUAAGACAGCAAAAUGGUGGGAUACCGUAUACAGAAAAUAUGCACCGUAAGAUCAAGUUUAAGAAUUUAAAAUACUCAAAUGUUAAACUCUAA